AUGGAUUGGAUACAGAUUCCACAACUGUUCCCGAUUGAUCCUGGAGUUGAUCCUGUUCAGUCAAUCGUGGAUGAUAUCUAUGAUUUGUUCUCCCAAAAUCAUAGACAUCCAGAGUACCUCACCAGUAGAGCCAUAAUUACUCCAACGAAUGCAACUGUUUCUACAAUUAAUAAUUUUAUGAUGCAAAAUGUUCCAGGAUAUCCGACAACCUAUUACAGCUCAGACUCGCUACUGCUCUCGACAGAAACAGCGGAUUCGUUUGAUGAAAGCUAUCCAACUGAGUUUCUCAACUCUCUUACAUUCAACGGAGUACCAGACCACGAGAUCACAUUAAAGGUAAACACACCAGUUAUGCUCUUACGCAACUUAAACCCUGGUCUUGGCUUAUACAAUGGCACAAGAAUAAUGAUCACAUCGUUGGGCGACAACUAUAUAAAAGGCAACAUUAUGGGUGGUUCUUAUGACACUGAUGAGGUCAUUAUACCAAGAAUAGUGUUGAAUGUGGAGAACUCCAAGUGGCCCUUCAUACUCAAAAGGAGGCAAUUUCCAGUGCGAUUAUGCUAUGCGACGACUAUAAAUAAAAGUCAAGGGCAAACACUUGAAAAAGUUGGGAUAUAUUUGCCUGAACCAGUGUUUAGUCACGGCCAACUUUAUGUGGGAGUUUCAAGAGUAAAAUCAGCAAGAGGUUUGAGGAUUCUUAUAGAAAACCCACCAGAAAUACCUCAUGACUUUACAAGAAACAUAGUCUUCAACGAAGCAUUUGCCAAUACAGUGGAUACCUAA